AGCAUACGUACGUUUCCAACAAACAGAGCAGGAUGCUGGUUUUCAAGGAACUCACCGCUUUAAGCGUUCUAUCGCUUUUAGCAUUAUUUGGAACUGUGGCGCCAACUACGGUUGAGAAACGAAGCAAGCAAGAUUUGCAACAAAUCCCGAAUAAAUUGCGACUUAAAGAUGGUCGAGAACUCGUCCCGGUUGUGAUAGUUGAGGGCAAAGAAUACUUUGUGGACUCGGGAUAUAGGAACAUAAGCUGGACAGAUGCCGUCGCUUAUUGCGCUUCCUUCAACAUGUCCAUUGGGGAAACUGUUACAGCUCAUCAAUACCAACAAGUGUACUUGUUUGUUCCACUGUUUUACAACUUUUGGUUAGGAGGAACCAACGCUUUCUCUGGAACGAAUGAGUGGUUCUGGCGAACUGACCGAGUUCCGUUUAACUAUACUCGAUGGGGAGCUACACAACCGAAUUCUAGAAAUAGUUGUAUGUAUUUCAUUGAAGAGCUCCAAAUUUGGUGGAGCAUUGAUUGCUUGGAUCAUACUGGAGAACCGGAGGAAAUUUAUGUUUUGUGUCAGAGACCGGUAGUCAGCAAGUAACAGGGAUGCAAGGACAUGAUAAGCCAUAAAAUUUAAAAUUUAAAAUUCAAAAUAUCUCCUAUUUAUGUGUAAUAUUGGUCAAAUAAAGUUGCAUGAAUUCUGGCAAGAAAUCC